CUGAUAUAAGAGAAUGCUGUCUAUUGAGUUAUUUUGCAAUUUCUACCUGAUAUGAGUCAGAAGCAAUAACAAGAAACUGCAGCUAAAAUAAUAAUCCAAACACUUAUUCUCUAUUCAGAGCUGACAACUGCCAGGUUGAGAGUUAUACACUUAUAUGCAUUACAUUUUAUGUAUUAUUAUUAUUCCUAUUUUAGAUUAGAAUAUUACUAGAUGUUAAUUACUUUUAUCAUGGUCACACGUUAUAUGUUUCAAAAGCAGAAUUAAGUCCUUGAUUCUGCUGACUCCAGAGUCCAAUGAGAAAAUUUUUAAAUGACAUUACUGAAUUACACCAACUACACAAGUAAAGGAACCCACACGGACUGUAACAACCAUAUGAUCCUUCUGGAACUUUGAACCCAGUGUUCCCGCAUAAAAGUAUGCACUUUUAUUUAUCGAUUUGUGGUCUCGUGUUUUAGCAAUUGAAUUAAUUGCCAAUAAUUUUUGUAUAAGGAAUAUAUAUUUUUUAAUGUCUAAUAUGGUGUUUCCAAUAUUCUUUAGGUUGUUGAUAAGUUCAUUGUGUCAUGUAGUUAUUCUGACAGGUAUUUCGAUAAAUAUGUAAUGAUUUCUCAGCACUCCCCACCCAUUCAUUAAUAAGAAAAAGAUCACGUAAUAGCACUUUAUCUCCUUCUAACAAAUAAACAUAAGUCACUAAAUCAAGGUAAUUUAGUGCAAUAAAUUAUUAUAUGUGCUAAUUUUCCAUUUCGUUCUUCUUUGGAACACUCAGUCUUUAACCAUUAUUGUAUUAGAAAAUUGUCAUACAGUGUUGCAUCAUUUUUUCUUUUUUUACAAAUACAGCAUUUUAAUUUUUAACCCAGGUAUUACAAUGGUUUAAAAUAUUUCUGUGGAUUAUGACUUUUAAAAGUAAGGAUGUUCUUGUUUAUGAACUUCUUUUUUUUUAUUCUUAAUAAUUUAUUACUUUUUAUACUCCAGUCAAAUAUAUUUUAUUGAAUGAAGAAUAUCUUUAAAAAAUUACUUAUUCCAUCAUGAGGUAUUUGUGGAAGGCCCUAAGUAAAAUAGAACCAGAAGUAGAGAUUCUCCCCUGCAAAGUGAGCACUGAUACUUACCCUCCCUCCCCACCUAGUUUGAUCUUGUCAUAUACACAGCACGUAUUUCCUUCUUGAGCACAGUUUCUCAUAGAGCACAGACCUUGACACCCCUCAGCUGCAGAGAUGAAUAAUCAAACAGUAACCUACUCAGAAGUGAAUCUGGCCAUGAACCCAAAAAGGCAGCAAAUCAAACCCAAGGACGCUGAUAGCUCCAUUUCAGUCACUGAGCAGGAAAUAACUUAUGUGGAAUUAAACCUUCAUGGUGCUUCCCAGGAUCUUCAGAAGAAUGACAAGAAUUUCCGCUGCAAAGGGAAGCUCAUUGCUGGGAUCCUGGGAAUCACCUCCAUUGUCUUGAUGGCCGGUGUAAUAACCAUGAAAUUUAAAGUUAUUUCUUCUUCUAUUGGAAAUCCAGAGGAGAACAGAACCCCGAAUGCAUCUCAUUGUGGCCGUUGUCCAGAGGACUGGUUAUCCUAUUCCAACAAUUGCUAUUAUGUUAGUAGUGAUAAAAAAACCUGGACUGAGAGUCAAAUGGCCUGUGCUUCUAAGAAAUCUAAUCUGACUAAUAUAGAUAAUGAAGAAGAAAUGAAGUUUAUGGACCUUCUACCUUCUUCAUGGGUUGGACUCUCUCGUGAAAGCAGUAAUUAUCCCUGGUUAUGGAUAAAUGGCUCACCUUCCAACCAAAAGAUAAGAGAGAUACCAAAUCGUACUUACAACUGUGCUAUUGUAUACUCAUCAAGCCUUCAAUCAGCCAGUUGUGGAUCUGCAAAAACAUACAUUUGUAAGCUUGAGACUUUGAGUUAAAACACCUGGCCCUGGAGCCCUUCAGGUAUCUUUAUAUUUUAUCAAAUGGAAAUAACACCAUGAUUGCAAAAGUCUUAUAAUCAAUUACAUUAUUUGUUUAACUGGAAGCUCCACAUUGGAACCCUCCUGGACUUUACCCUAUGGCCUUCUUCUCUUGGAUGAUUUUAAUCAGUACCCUUUUCUCUAAUAAAAUAUAACUGGGAGUAUAACAACUUUCUUGUGUUCCUGAGUCUCUAUAUUGUUAAACAUGCUUACUUACCUGUUUGUUUUUGUAACAAAA